UUUGCCGUUGGCGUCGUCGUCGUCGCGGCGUCGACGGCGAACGCGCCUGGCGCGGACUGGCGCGGCAUGGGGGUGGGGGUGUGUGGCGUGAAGAGCCGAGACCGAUCUACCUUAGUCGACGUCAAGCCGUCGCGACGCGUGCGUCUUCUCUCAUUGUCGUUUUCUCGUACCUCACGAGACUCGCGUGUUCUCCGCGGCGCGCAGCGUGUCGCGAGCGUGUGCCCACCUGUUCGCACCGGAAGAGAGACCGUCUACGCUUCUACCAUCUCACCCCCCUCCCCCAACCCCAUCGUCAUCCCCUCCAGCUACGAUUUACUUAACCUUCGAGUACUCAUCUUCUUCUUCUUCUCCCUCUUAUUAUUUUUCUUCGGGAAAAGAGAUCGUGGGCGAUCUAAACUUUUCAUUUUCUAUUACGGACAGGAACUUUGAAUUUUCUCGGAAAAGGAUUUUACAACUGGAAAGGGAGUCCUCUUCGUUUCGAUAGUUUUCGAAAGUGAGAGAACUCGAGGUGUCGUCAAUGUUGUCGUUCACGUCGCCGUUCGUGAGCCUCGCCUUUUGACCCGAGGCUCGCGAGCAGCGAUCAAAGACGCGGUGUUUUUAUCGUGGAACGUGUUUUCAACUGGACGAUAGUUGGCAAGAGUGAACGAAGAGAGAAGAGAGAAGAUAAGAAGAGAAAGAAAAGCGUGGACGAGCGUGGAAAAUUUGAGGAUCGUUAUUAUGGUCAUCGGAUGACAAUGGCCGAUACUUCGGAGUCCUCGUAGAGAAACGAGGAGGUUUCUCUCUUCCUCGACCAUUCUCCUUCUUCCUCAUCGAGAGAAGAAGGAUCUCAUCGUUCGAGAGGAAGAUUGCGAAGGGUGAAGAAGAGGCAACGCUUUUAAAGGCGACCCUCUCGCCUUCUCCAUUCUCACCGUGUCCUCUUCUUCUUCCCGCUACGCGGGAUUUUCAAAAUUUGCCGCCACUGAGGAGGGAUCGAUCUAUCAGUGAAAGGGGGACCGCUUCUCGAAAGGAAGAGACGUACACGUUUGUACUUACAUACGUAUACAUAUAUAGAUAUAGCAGCGUCUAUUUGAUAGCGUCGAUGUGAUCUCUGUCUUACGGAGAAGUACGUUGCUUGCGAGUAGGUGGAAGAGGAGAAAGAGGAAGAAGAGGAGGAAGGGUGGGGACUCUGGGUACUGAUAAGGGCUUAUCCAGAGAUACGAUGGCUGCCGACCGAGCCGUUCUCGUCAGUCGUAGCGUUCAGGUGCCGUCGAUGAGAUCGUCGUCGUUCCGCUUUAACUACGGUGAUAUCGUCGCGAGUUCCUCGACGCGAGUUCCCCUUUACCAAGUGGUGGUAUGCUGACUUGUCGUUCUCUUAGCGGGACGACCAACGACAAAGAUAGAUAGAUAGUCUUCAAGGAUAUAGAUAGAUAGAUAGAUAGAUAGAUAGAUAGAUAGAUAGAUAGGUAGAUAGAUAGGUAGAAAGAUAGACACAGCGAGAAGGAAAGAAGGACGGACGAAGAGAGAAGAGAGAAGAGAAAGUGGAACGACGAGAGGACCGAAAAAGAUCGCGAAAGAAGUUCCAGUGCCUUUGGCCGUGCGAUCUCGGUUGAACGAACGUUUGAGGAUGAACUGGAUUAGAUAAGGAUAUUCGUCAACGACAAUCGCGAAUAAAACAUUUCGUAAAAUCAUCGAUUAUUCGCGAGUGUGCGGAGGCAAAGUGCCGUUCGAGUUUCGUGCAUAUCGGGUUAUCACGUACACACGAUUAUAUAUCUAUAUAUAUAUAUAUAUAUAUAUAUAUAUAUAUACAUACAUACAUACAUAUAUAUAAUAUAUGUAUAUAAAUACUUUUGAGGGCUUCGUCCUUGAUUGUAUCGAUUCGUGAAUAUUUGCCGGCAGAGUUUGGGGGUUGAAAACCUUCAAACCGUAAAAGACAGUAAUCCUGUCUUCCUUAAGGAUAAACGAGGAGGAGAGAAGGAGGCACCGAGAGCCGGUCGCCAGGAGAGCUCCUAUGAAAAUGCUUCAAUCGCUGAAUGCUCUGGCGGGGAAGAUCUCGCCGAGCUCGCCCACUGACAGCAACGCGAACAAGGUGCACAUGCAUAAUAACAAUAACGUCUUGCAUCAUCAUCAUCCAUAUUCGAAACAACAAACGCAACCCUCGCCUGCGUCGCAUUCGAGCAACAACAGCGAUCAAAAGGAGAACACCAUAAUGAACAAUAACAGCGUGGAGCAGCCGGAUCCAGACAAUAUAAAGAUGUUUGUAGGGCAGGUACCCCACGACAUGGACGAGAAUGAUCUCCGAACGUUGUUCGAGGAGUUUGGCCGAGUGCAUCAGAUCAACGUUCUACGCGACAAAACCACCGGUAGUAGUAAAGGUUGUUGCUUUGUAACCUUCUACACGAGAAAGGCGGCUUUGGACGCACAGAACGCUUUGCACAACGUCAAGACUUUUAGCGGGAUGCGGCAUCCGAUCCAAAUGAAACCGGCAGAUAGCGAGAAUAGAAACGAACGCAAGUUGUUCGUU